AUGGGCGGGAAGGGUGUUGCGGGACAAUCGUGUUUGUGUUUUGGAUUUGUUCUAAACAGAAGUAUUGAUAGUCCCGAGCGCCUGGGGUUGUGGCGUUCCGGGCCGCCCGGUCCUGGCAUCGGGUUCGGGACGUUCCAACCCCGACCGAGGUGGUUGCGUGUGUCAGUUGCGACCCAUGGGUUCAGACGUUACCCGGGUCGUGUCAGACGCUACCCGCGCAUGAUGACACGUGGCACAGCAUGA